AAUCCCGAAGCGCCAAGACAGAUCGCCCCGCCCAGUCUCCCAGAGAGCUUUGCUGAGCCCGGCAUGUAGAUACAGGAGAGGGCGUGUGUCUGAUCGCUGCUCGUCAUCCAGAGGUGUUCAGGGCUCUUCCGGUUUGUCCCACGCUGGGUUGCCGGUUUGUGAGUGUUUGUAGAUGGCUGCAUGAGGAAAAUCAAUGCUACCAACAGACACAAUACACGUUAUCUAACUGCUAACAUCCUCUAGACAUUUUGUGUUUGAAUUUCCUGGGAUCUACUUGAAUAAACAAUGGAACGCUCACUCAACACCACAACCAGCAGUUGCGUAUUAAAAAGGACAAUUUUGUACUUGAUCCUGAUAUCUCUGGCUGCACUUGUCUACUGUGAUAAAGACUACUAUGAUUUACUGGGUGUGUCAAGAGGAGCAACCAACAGAGAGAUAAGACAGGCGUUUAAGAAGUUGGCUCUAAAACUACAUCCUGAUAAAAAUCAGAAUGAUCCACAAGCGCAUGAUAAAUUUUUAAAAAUAAACCGGGCAUAUGAAGUGUUAAAAGAUGAAGAUCUCAGAAAGAAGUAUGAUAAAUAUGGAGAGAAAGGCCUUGAUGACCAACAGCAAGGAGGAUACGAGAGCUGGAGUUUCUACCAAUACGAUUUUGGUAUUUAUGAUGAUGACCUGGAAAUUGUCACUUUGGAUAGAGCAGAGUUUGAUGGUGCAGUCAAUUCAGGAGAGGUGUGGUUCAUCAAUUUCUAUUCACCUGGAUGUUCACAUUGUCACACUCUGGCACCAACGUGGCGAAAGUUUGCCAAAGAAAUGGAUGGACUCCUCCGAAUAGGAGCAGUUAACUGUGGUGAUAACAGAGGGCUCUGUAGAAGCCAAGGAAUUAAUGGCUACCCAAGUCUCUGCAUUUACAAAGCUGGAAUGAAUCCAGUUAAGUACCAUGGGGAACGUUCCAAAGAUCAACUGGUUAGGUUUGCAAUGCCGUAUGUUUCCAGUACUGUAAAAGAAUUAUGGGCAGGAAACUUCAGAAGUUCCAUAGAGAAUGCCUUCUCUUCUGGUGUUGGCUGGCUAAUCACUUUCUGUAGUGAUAUAGGAGAUUGCCUAACUUCACAAACAAGGUUAAAGCUUGCAGGAAUGCUGGAAGGUCUUGCCAAUGUGGGAUGGAUGGACUGUGCUACCCAGGCUGAUCUCUGUGACAAUUUGGAAAUUACUGCAAGUGUUACCGUUUACUUCCCACCUGGUUCCACAUUAAUGGACAAGGAGAAAGGCGAUGUUUUGUUUCUUGAUUCUUUAGAUGCAAGAGAGAUCUAUAAAGAUGUGCUUAAUCGCCUUCCUGAUUUGGAAACUAUUUCUCCAGAAUCUUUACAGGGCAGGUUAUCCCAUCAUCGCUGGCUUAUUUUCUUUACUUUUGGAACAACUGAGCACUCGAUUCUUCCAGAGUUCAAGAAGCUGAGUGUUCUUCUCCGUAGUGAAAAUGUCCAGGUUGGCAAGUUUGACUGUCAUUCCAGCCCUUCAAUUUGCAGUCAUCUUUAUAUUCACAAGCCAUGUAUUGCUGCAUUCAAAGGGAAAGGCAUUAGCGCCUAUGAAAUACACCAUGGGAAAGUGCAGCUGUAUGAUUUGGUCUCUUUUGCCAAAGAAAGUGUCAGUUCCCAUGUCAUUACACUGGGACCCACAAAUUUUCCAGGAAAAGACACAGAUGCUUGGCUUGUUGACUUCUUUGCUCCUUGGUGCCCUCCAUGCCGUGCAUUGCUGCCAGAACUCAGGAAAGCAUCUAAAAGUCUUUUUGGCCAGAUAAAGUUUGGAACUUUGGACUGUACCAUCCAUGAAGGACUCUGCAACAUGCACGACAUAAGAGCAUAUCCCACAACAGUAGUGUUUAACCAGUCCAUUAUCCAUGAAUAUGACGGCCAUAAUAAUGCUGAAGAGAUUCUUGAGUUUAUAGAGGACCUUCGUAAUCCUUCAGUUGUCACUCUCACACCGGAGACUUUUAAUUCACUGGUGAGAAGAGAUGAGGUCUGGAUGGUGGAUUUCUACGCUCCAUGGUGUGGGCCGUGCCAAGCUCUGAUGCCAGAGUGGAAACGCAUGGCAAGGCUUUUAAAUGGCUAUAUCAGCGUUGGAAGUGUGGAUUGCCAGAAGUACAACGUAUUCUGCUCUCAAGAACGUGUAAAUGCCUUUCCAGAGAUUCGACUUUACCCAGUAAAAACGAAUUCCCCAUAUAACUUCUAUCGAUAUACUGGCUGGCACAGAGAUUCACAGUCACUUAGAAGUUGGGCACUUAUGUACCUGCCUAAAGCAUCAUUUGACCUAACCCCAGAGGAUUUUUAUACACAUGUGAUCGAUGGAAAAGAUCACUGGGUCAUAGAUUUCUAUGCCCCCUGGUGUGGCCCAUGCCAGAACUUUGCUCCAGAAUUUGAAUUGCUAGCAAGAACUGUUAAAGGUAAAAUUAAAGCUGGAAAAGUGAACUGUCAGGCCCAUGAGUAUCUCUGCAAUUAUGUAUCCGUCAAUGCAUAUCCAACUGUUAGGCUGUACCCUUAUACAGGAUUAAAGCAGAAAGAUUUGUUCGGGGAACAAAUAAACACCAAAGAUGCAAAAGAAAUAGCCCAAAUCAUAACAGGAAGAAUAGAAGCAAUUAAACAGGUGAUGGGAUCAAAGAAUAAGGAUGAAUUGUGAUGAAUGCUAAUGGUUAAGGUAUUUUAGAUUGGACUUUACUGAUGAAAUUCUGUGGAUCAUUUAUGAAGAGAUUAAUAUAGGGAUAAAUGGACAUGCUGGCAGUCUGAGUGCAACACAAGUGGGAAACAGCUGCUGAAGGGAAGACUUCUCGCCUCUUCCAUUAUUUGACAUCAAAUCGCUCAAACUGGAUUAUUCCUCUUCCAUUUUGGAUCUUUUUCAGAUUUCAUGUACAUUUUAUAAUGCUAAACUGAAGUGCAAUUUACCUUCUCACCGACCUGGAAGCACUGUAGCACUAGAGGAAAUAGUAGCUCUCCUGUUGAUCUAGUUGCAACCUACUUUGGAAUCCAGCUCUUGGACAUCUAGCAUGUUCCGGUGGAAGGUUAACUCUUAAAGGGGAAGUUUAUAGACUUGAUCUUUUAUUGGUUUAGUAAUUUUUUUUUUUUUUUUAUCCUGACUGCUUUGUGAAACGUUGGUGGGUUACUGAAUAGAGGAAAAAUAGAUGGCAGCCAUGCUAUAAGGACUCAUUUUGGCAUUUGGAUCCUGAUGAAUAAUUGAUUGGAGAGGGGUGUGGGAAAUACAAUUCUUAGUUAUUCAGAAACCCAGAAAAUAGCAUGUUCCACUGCAGAAAUUAAAUAUUGGGUCAUUGUUAAAAAAUUUUCAUCAAGCAUGAUUAAUGCUUGUUAAAAAUAAGUGUUUCAUAAAUGUGCCCCUUAGUCACAUUACGUUAUUUUCAUGUUUAUGCUAAUACUCUUUAAGUCUUCAUGCUUUAUACUUGGUGCAGAAGCACAGACAAGUUUGUUACAAUGUCCCGUGCCUGUUUCUCUAUGCCAGAGGUCGUACAAUGGGAGGCCUGUAGGAUGAAUGUGGCCCUCCAAAUGAUUCUUACAGACUCCAGUCUGUUCAAGGGCUCCAUAAACUUCACUGUAUGACAUCAUUGAAUUUGCUAUAUGAGACAUAAUGGGCCCCGCUAUAUAUAAUAAGUUGUGCAGCAGUGCUCUGUGCUAUUGUGGGGAUAUCCUGAAGGAAGUCAUUGUUUGGUGGUAUUAUAAUUAUUAUUAUUAGGUGGGAAACCUAGAAUUGUCCUUCCUCCCCUUAGUUUCAUGGUUCUGUUCAUUGUGCCUUUAUUAGAGGGUCAGAGGAAUGAAUGACCACCACUGUCACUGGCUGCUUGGGUGUUAUGGGUCUUUGAAUUAAAUCAGACAUGAUACCGGCCAAUCAAGGAAGUCCUUUUACUGAAAUGGGGAAUUGUUCUAGCAUACUAAUCAGUAAGGCAUACCACUGCCAUCAACAAUGGAAAUCUUUGGGACUGUAAAAGGGGGGAAUCUAUUAGGGAUAUUAAUUAAAAGCCAUGUUUGAGUUUUCCAACAUAAACAUUUUUAUAAGUAGUUGUCAUUCUGUCAAUACAAGUAGAUCUGCAAUGAAAAAGUGCUGUUGCUCUUCUCACUGUUACAUAUGCCAGUCUGACAGAAAGGGGCAUUGGCAAAUAGACAUGUCUGGUUGAUGAGACAUAUUGUGAUAUGGUAGGAUGCUUCCUAUGAUCUUACCCCACAUAUUGAGCAGGCAGUGAGGCAAUAUACUGAGCCUGAUUAACUGGGCAAGUAUGAGCACCUUCCUGGCUUCUCUAGUGAAAGAGACAUACAUGUACAAUAAAAGUGGGAACAUAAAGCCAAAACAGUUCAAAGCAACAUAAUGUUUGAUUUGCACAGUAUGAUGACAGUGACAUCUUUUCCUACAUUUCUCCCCUCACUUAAGAUUUUUACACAAUUAUCUCCCAUAUCUGCCUUUUUAAGGGGUUGUUCACCUUUAAAUUAACUUUUAAUAUGAUGUACACAAUGAUAUUCAAACUUCUUGCAAUUGCUUUCCAUUUUUUAUUUGUGGUUUUUAAGAUAUUAAGUGUUAUGUUCAGCAGCUCUUUGGUUUGGAAUUUCACCAGCUCUCUGGUUGCUAUGGUCUUGUUUUACUUUAGCAACCAGGCAGUGUUAUGAAUGAGAGACUGAACUAUGAAUAAGGGAGAGAUCGACUAGAAAGAUAGGGAAUAAGCUCAUGGAGCAAUAGGUUAUUGGCUGUAAGGGUCAGUUACUCCCUUUUGAAAGCUAAAAAGAUGUACAAGAGGAAGGCAAGUAAUUAAAGAAACUAUAAAUAAUAAAGAGCAUUUAAAAAGUUUCUAGGAAUAAGUCAUUCUUUAAGAUAUUAGUUAACUUAGAGGUGAACUACCCCUUUAAAGCAAGAUUUCUUGAUGGUGUUUCUAUUUAGGACAAGAUUAUUUCUGUCUUAUAGAUCUAAAUUGUCCCAUAGACUAGUGAGCUCCUCCGACCUUACUGCAGUCCUGAUUAUAUGAUGGAUUUCAUUGUUCCAAUCACAUUAGUCUAUUUGUUACAAUUUGCUAUUU